AUGUUUAUUGGCGAUCAAAUCAUCUCUUAUUCAAAGUCGGCGGUCCCUGCAACAUAUUUAGUAAACAUAGAAAACGACAGUGGGAUGAGCACCCACGUCUUUUCUAACCAGUGUGGUGCUGAUCCAUCAGCGAGCGAAAUAUCAACUACAGACAGUCUGAUUCAGGAAUUUCAAGAGUUUGAAGCACAGGUGUAUUCUGGUUCACUAUUCGAUCGAAAAUGCAGGACAAGUACUCCAUCAGCAGAAAUCAAGAGUUCUCAAGCAAAUCAAACGACUAAUAUCUCUACAAGAACACAUUCAUUUCAAGAAAAAAGUUAUGCGAAUCAGAAAUCAAAAGGAAGGUCUGAUUUCAAUGAAACUUCUGAUAUUGAAGUAGACAGUUUAGAUGAUGAACCUGUGGAUCAUUUGCCACAAAUCAAUUUGAUAUCAAAAAGAACAGAAAAUUCUGACAAUCAUUCAUCUCAGAUUACAGGCAACAAUUCUUCACCCAGUUCUCCAGCGAAAGUCUCUCGCAUACCUCAGCUGAUUCGACCUGCUGUUAAACCAGGUAGUCGACCGACAACUUUGAACAGUUUGAAGUUCAAAGACAAUACUAAUUCCCCUGUGAUAUCACCUCAGCAUCAUUUUCCACCUCAGCCAACAGUUGUUAUUCCUCAUAGUUUUAGUGUAACAAAUAGUAAUUUGUGUUCACCAACUACCGAAUUGGGAACAACAAGAGCAUCUUCAGGAAGAAGUCAGUAUUUUGUUCCAAAUUUACUACAGUCACCCUCAGAUAUGACAAAAAGUCAAAAAUUUCAAUUAAAAGCAACUGAGUCUAAUACACCCACGCCUACUCAUCAAUUAUCUCCAUCAGUUAGUUCAAUCAAUAACUCAAGACCAUGUAAUACAAAUCGUGUAAAGGUUACAGUUAAAAAGCUCGCUGCAUCAUCAUCACCAUCACAAUCUGUUAACUCACAAGACUCAUAUGGUCAGAUAAAUAAAAUAAAUCCUGAUACAGUUGCAUCCUAUGCUCAAGAAGAUCCAAUCGAAACACAUGAUUUAGUUGUAGCGAAAAUGGUUGCAGACGGAGUUGUUUGGAUACCAACAAGUGGUACGAAUUCCACCGUGAAUACUGGGACAAAAAAUUGUCAAUCUAUGACUCAGAAAACUGAUCAGCUAAGAUGGUAUUCUGAAGAGAUUGAAGAAGAGAAGGUGGAGAAUAUUUCCAUUACAAGAAGUAAUUCAAUCCCUGAAUCUCGUCAGUCCAUGAAACAUCAUUCUUCAGGAAAUCAUGAAUAUAAUCUUACCAGAGGCAGUAGUUUAAAUGAUGAAGAUCAGCCUGGAUCUGAGCUGUCUUCUUAUCCAACAUCGUCAUCAACAACAAAAGGAGGAGAAAAAGAAAAGAAUAAUUCUUUCAAUCCACAACAACCAGUUACAUCAGAAUCUGUUGAUAAACAAUCUGAGUUAGAGGCUAAAUUACAAGAAGCAAUGAUUAUUAGAAAACAACAAGAUGACUACAUAAAACAAUUACAAAUGUAUUAUGAUAAUCUAUUGACAAAGCAUGCCUUAGCAGAAGUCACUAUCGAUCAGCUACGUAUGGGUAUGCGUGUUGGCAUCGAUGUUGACUCGAUAGAUGAUACACUUCAGAAGAAAUCAACUAAACCAAGAUCGCAUAGUAUGCAAACAUUACAUUACAAUAAUAAUAGUAGCAUUAAUAACAAUCAAAGACUGAUAUCAAAUGAAGAUUGUUUACUACAGUGUCCAAAGAAUUGUUACCAAAACAGAAAUAAUACAAACGAUAUUACUGUCCAUUAUUCUUCAACACCACUGCUAGAACAACAAAGAAAUAAACUGAGGAGAAAUUCAUCAGCUCAUGAUGCAAGAGUUUUAUCCACAGCCUCUGAAAGUUGGGAAACUGGUUUAGGCAGUGUAAGCAAUAAUUCUAGUCAAUUUGUUCAACGUAAUAAUGAUAUAUCCAAGGUGGAUUUAAUGAUGAAAAAUAUGGAGAAGUCGACUUCUUAUGGACAAGAUCAUGCCAAACCUGGUGGAAGCGUACAGAAAAUACCUACUGAGCGACAGCAAAGCCAUCAAAGAAAAAUCUCUGAACCUUCACCAUCACCAUCACCACCCACAACUAAUCAUCGUGGUGAUAAUGAUCCAAUGAAAAAUGUUAACAACCACAGGCGAAAUACAACUACAGCUUCGUUUUACAAUAUGCAACAACACCAUCAAGCCAAUUCAAUACAGUCGCCUAAUGGUUGUGUACCCGCAGAACUAGAAUCAUGUGACAAGUAUGUUGGCGACGGAGUAAUUACAGACGGGGAAGCAGAAGAAGAAGAAGACGUUUUUGGCAAUACACUCACAAAUAUGACCACAGCUACUACCACUCCUAAUCAUGAAGCACAACAACACCAGCAACAACAAAAACUCCACAAAGAAGAUGAAAUGAAUUCAAAUAGUGUCGCUUCUGAUUUCAAUACAAUGCCUCUUCCAUCAGCAAUCAAUAAUUCUUCUUCUAAUUUAAAUGAAAUUAUCUAUGGUCCUGAAACUGUUCAAAUGGAAUUAUUAUUACGUGUUGCUGACUUACAGACACGUUUGUCUACAAUGGAAUUGUUCGCCAGUCAGCAUCAUUUUAUACCAGAAUCAGAUUUAACUAGCCUGCAAUUGGAUUAUGGAACGUUGAGAGAUUUUUAUGAUUCAGCUAAAAUUCAUUGGGGUAAAGACCCCCAAUUCGAUGCUAAUGAAGUGCUGAUAAGUGAAUUAAAUCAUAUGGCUGAUCAAUUAGACAAAUUGAUCGGUUAUACACUGAAUACCAAUGAAACGCAGUCAUUACAAUCAUCCUCGACUUCUUCAUCACCUGCACCACAUACUACAGUACCAAAACCAGCACCACGACCAUCUUCAAACUCUGCGUCAGUAUCUGAUCUUCCUGCUUCUUGUUGGAAAGAUUUAAAUAUUUUUAAACUUUCUGAUCAUACAUCAUCAAGUGAACAGAAACCUGUGAAAAAUACCACAGAUAGUGGUGUCCUGUCAUCUCCAUCUUCAUUACCACGUUCAGAUCAUGGUCGAUUAUCUUCUAUAUCGCCUUUACAAUCACCAAUUGCUGAAGAUUCAUUAUCGGGACUUGAAAGUGUUUACUUUGAAUUAAUGCAACAUUAUAACAAAAUAAAAGAAAUGCCUAUGACUCCAGUACGCGCUGAACAAUUGUACAAUUUAAUGAAGCGUCUCUAUGAUUUAGCGUUGACCGCUGAAAACCGUUCAAGUAUUAUUGCAUCCCCAGAAGAAUUGGAGCGUAUUUUCCAAUUAGAUGGUGAUACAAGAAAAUUAAGUGAAAAUUUAGAGCGUGCUAUUGCCUUACAAAAACAACUUUCAAAUUAUCAGAAUUCUCCCCCUAAUUCUGAAUCGAAUUCUUUAUCAUCCCAUGAAGAGACCAACCUACACAAAGAUAAUAAUAGUACGACUAAAUUGUCCUCAGUUUCAUUAGCAUCCUAUGCAAGAAAAGGUGGAUCACAAAAUAUUAAAAAAAGUACUAUUCAUUCACAGUCUGUCACUUCACAGGAUUCAUCUUCAUCAAAUCAAGAUAGUGGCUUGUCUACACCACCAGAAAGUUCUGAUGGUAUGAAACGGCUACCUAAACAGCUGAAUGGUUAUGACAGCCCUCAUUAUCACCAACAUCCUCAUCCUCGUCAAGCAUUAUCACUUCAUAAAACAUCUACCAAUCAAUCGACACCUAUCAAUCAUCAUAAUAAUUCACAAACAGACAAUUCUUAUAGUAGCCAAAAGCAUGAACAUUCGGAUAGUGGUUUCGCCUUGUGUCCUCCUCAACCAGUUCAACCGAGGAGAAGAAGAAAAUCGAAUGCCACUGAACACCAAAAAGGUUAUCACAAUCAGUUGAAUCCUACUGAUGGGCAGCAAGAUAUGCCGAAAAGAAAUUCGCCAACUUCAUAUUCUCAAACAGAUUCUUAUAGUCAGACUACUAAACAACGAAUUGAUGCUUUGGAGAAUGGUGUUCGUAUGUUGAAAGAAAAUCUUGGCAAUCUUUAUUUAAGAUCUGAAAAUUGUACACCAACUUCAAAAAUAGAAAAAAAUAUCAAGUCAACUUGUCCACAAAGCGUACAACAAUCUCCUCUGUUGUAUACCUCAAAUCCACAUAGUUCUUUACCUCUUACAGGUAUAAAUAAUAAUAAUAAUUCAGAGCUGAUUGUUUUUCCACAAUUCUCAUCUAGUACGCCUUAUAUGGGCAGUAGUAAUGGUGGAAAUUGUCAGUUUUUAUCCCCUGGACAAUUGAAUUCAUCCUCAUCAUUAUCAUCAUCAUCCAAUCACCAUCCAUAUGCGGAUACAUCAAAUGCACCUAUAUUAAAAUUACAAGCAAACUGUAAUCCUCGCUUACAACAGGAUGUUUGUGAAAACAAUAAUACUAAUGAGAAUGCUAAUCACAGUUCAAAUCGGCAGAUUAGCGUUAAUCGACCCUGUCGAACAUAUCAUCGAACAGCGGAUAAAAGAUUAAUAUGCACGCAACAAAAUGAUACCAGUUAUUCAUCAUCUACUUCUAAUCCACAAAAUACUGGAAAACAAUACAUGACGCUGAAAUCGAAUCAGUCGACAGUUCAUGGUUCAUCCAAUGGUGCUUGUAAAGUAUCUCAGUAUUCUGCAAAUAAAAGAGAUUUAAGUUAUUCAAGACCAACUGACCGUCAUCAUCGUCGUCAUUCACAAUUCAAUAAGGCAGCUGAUAAUGGUAUUGGUCGUUCAACUAAAUACUAUUCCACCUAUCAGUUGAACAACCGAUCACGUGACAGCAGUAGUUCAUCAUCAUCAGUCAGCAGUGAUUACUCCUCAGACGACUCACCUACACUAGCAUCACAUUCUUCAUCAGGUGAAUGUUCAACCUCCCUUGAUGAUAAUUCUGAUUUACACCGUACUUCAAGAUAUAAAGUGAAGAAUAGACCUUCACUUCCCGUGUCCCGAGCAUAUCGUGAUCCACUGCCAGAUUCUCCUGUUCUAAAAUCAAUCUUACGAGAUGAUAGAUUCAAACAACAGAGGAAUUCUCAUCGGUCAUCAAGUCUUUGCAAGCCUGUAUCACAUCGUAUCCCACUUCGUAGUGUAACAAAUAUUCAAGAUAAUUAUGGCUCGUUAAAUCAUUUGAAUGCGGUCCCCUUAAAUCAGACCGCUCAUGUUAACAGUACGCCUAAUUCUAAGCCUGUACAUAAUCUAAUGAAUACAUUUGGCGGAUCAGUACCUGUUGUCGGUAAUCCUGAAGCAUCAGGUGAAUCUGUUUACUAUCCUUCCUAUCCAUUAGUAAGACAACAAUCAUCGCGUAUAUAUACUGCUUUUGAAAGUAUUCACAGGAGACCAUCAGUUCCAAUUCAACCAUCUGUAUAUUUCUACCCGUCUACAGAAAGAAUUCUUUAUUCCCAUCCUGUUCAUCAAACUGUAGCAUCUGAACAAUGUCAUGAUGGUGGUGUAUGCUCGCCUAGGAUACCCACGAAUUUAAGUAACAAUUGUGUUGUUACCAGUCCAAAACCAAUGACAUGUGGUGCAUGCGGUGGCAGUGGACAAAUAUUGGGCGGUGGGGGAAAUCUUCCAAAUAGUCGGUUCAUUGAACCUCCACUUAUUCGUCCAAAUAUUGGGCUAAGUCCGUUGUAUCGUAAAACCCUAUCCUCAGCCAGAAGAAAAGAAUCUCGAGCACGUCCUUUAAGAGCUACACAUCCCUGUGAUAUAUCUUUUAUACAAUCACCUUCAUCAAACUUAUUUGAAAAUGAAAAUGUUUGUAGAAAUUUUAAUACAAAUUCUACAGUUAAUCCAUCUACACAUUAUCAUGAACCUGGACGAAUGGAUUAUACUGCACGAUUCGGAUCACUUACUCAUGUUAACAAACGAUCUCAUUCGAAAUCAUUGACUCAUCGAAAGUAUUCUCACCUCAUGAUGAUGAAUCAGAGUAAUCAUCAAAAUCCUAAUACAAAUUCUUCUGAAGACAGUGGUUCAGGGACAACAUCUGGUGAAAAGUCAUGUUGUCGUAAACAGAACAACCGAGUCAAUGAUAAUCAUCAUUUGAAUUCUAGAGAACAUUAUUCAAAUCGUUGUGGAACACCAACACCUGCUGGUAAUGCUGGUGGUACGGGUAUCCCAUUGUUAUCCUCAUCAACAAAUUUACAAGAAAUUCUAAAGGCAGUUUCAUCAACUAGUCGGUUAGCUCAAAAACUUCGAUGUAGUCUAGAGGAUUUAUGCAGCAGACAGAAUUAA